AAACUAUACUAAAUAUUUGUUUAAGGUACCUUUAAUAUCCUUAAUUAACGGAUCACUGACUGACAUUGUUUAUCAGCCUAUUAUUUAUCAAUUUCGUUCUAGUGGAGAGAUACUCACAAAGUAUUAUCAUGUGACAAGACGUACGCACUCCAAUCGCUUUGAGUAUUUGUUCGCCGUAUGUUAAAAUCGAAUUUAAAUGCUAAUUUAACGAGUGUCUUAUCGGGUGUGCUUCAAGUGUUCUAUUUAGUACACAAUUUUCUAGACUUGGACGUGUUUUAAAGUGCUGAAAAUGGCUGAACCGACACCCUCGAUCGAAUCGUUGCUGGCACAAGCAAAAAAAGUCUUCAGGGAGGAAUUUGACACUGACGCAGAUAUAGCAGUGGCGGCUCCAGGAAGGGUGAAUUUAAUAGGGGAACACACGGAUUAUAAUGAUGGAUUUGUAAUGCCCAUGGCCCUCCCUUUAGUGACGAUUAUUGUAGGACGGAAAAUUGAUGGAGACAUUACCACAUUAGUCACCACAAAUCCAGAUGCAGACAAACCCCGAAAAAUCACUAUUGAGAUGCCCAACAAAAAUGCUUUGGUCAGAACAAUCGAACAUUCUGGGCCGAAAUGGUGCCUGUAUGUUAAAGGUGUAAUUGCCAAUUAUCACGGACCUUGUCCACCGGCUUUUCAAGGUGUGAUUCACUCAAGUGUUCCAACAGGAGGCGGUCUGUCCAGUAGUGCAGCAAUAGAAGUUGCCACGUACACAUUUUUAGAUGCCUUAACCGGUGGUGCUCCAGAGGAAUCAUUAAGUGAUAAAGCUUUAGCGUGCCAAAAGGCGGAGCACCAAUAUGCUGGUAUGCCUUGUGGUAUUAUGGACCAAUUCAUUUCUGUAAUGGGAAAAGACGGACAUGCUCUACUAAUAGACUGCUGGAGCUUAACAUCUGAAUUAAUUCCUCUCAACGAUCCACAGAUUGUGGUUUUAAUUACCAAUUCCAACGUGAAGCAUGAGCUUACAGGCAGCGAGUACCCAACCAGGAGAAAACAUUGUGAAGAAGCGGCUUUGAUUCUUAAAAAAGUCAGUCUAAGGGAUGCCAAUGAAACUGAUAUCGCCUAUCUAAAAUCAAUAGAGACCGAUGAAGUUCUUCUGCGAAGGGCCAGGCACGUUAUCACGGAAAUUCAACGAACCGUUAAAGCUGCUGAGGCUUUAAAAGAGAAAAAUUAUCAAAAAUUCGGAUCUCUGAUGGUAGACAGUCACAAUUCCUUAAGAGACGAUUAUGCCGUGUCUUGUCCGGAAGUGGACAGUUUAGUAGAAUUGGCUUUGCAAGUAGAAGGAGUGCUGGGCAGUAGAAUGACCGGAGCAGGAUUUGGAGGAUGCACUGUAACUCUGGUGUAUGCUCAUGCUGUUGAAAAAGUGAUCGAAAACAUCACGAAGAAUUAUCAAGGAAAACCAACAUUCUACAUUUGCAAACCAAGUCAGGGGGCCCGAGUAAUCCAAACUUCUAACAAAUAAUUUACAAUAAAAUGUAAGCGAAAAUGCAAGAAAUGUAUAUUAAGGUAGUGGAAAAAUGUUGUGUUUUAUUAUAUUUAAUCAAGCUAUGUAUUAUUGUGCUUUAUAAUUGCAUUUGUAAAGAAUAUUUCAUAUUUUA